GAAAGAACUAUACCGGAAGCGACAACAGGUAACCGUCAGCGUAGUAAUGGCGAUUCUCAAAGUAGUCGGGAUGACUUUCACCUGUAGAGAAACAAUAAUGCUUCUGUUUUGUAUUUUUAUUUCUUGCCUUCCUUUUUGCUCUUCGGUGACUCGAAAUGAUCGACCAAUAAUCGGUGAGUUUAUUUAAAUAAAGUCAAAUUCACCGAAACUCACUAAGAGUUUAAUACAGCUGUUAUUAAUCAUUACGGUAUUACUACGACUUGUGAUACUUUACAGUUUAUUUUAUAGUUUUGAGUACUUUAGUUUAAUUUUCCUUCUGUGAACUGUUUGGGUUUGUCUCUCUGAAGGUGUUCUGGCUCAGGAGGUUCGGUCACCCAAACCGAACCAGAACUCCUACAUCGCCGCCUCGUAUGUGAAGUUCCUGGAGUCCGCGGGUUCGAGGGUCGUUCCUGUCAUGUGAGUUUCUGUAAAUACAAACUUGUGUAAGAGUUUAUUUGGACUUUAGUCUCUAACCUCCUGUUUUUUUGUUUUUGACAGGAUUAACCAGACACUGGAGGAGUAUAAAACACUCUUCAACUCCAUUAACGGGUAAUUUAUCAAACAUAUCACACUAAAUAGGAAGAAAACAUGUUAUACUUCUUAAUAUUAUCAUAAAAAAAGGGAAAUAAAUACUUAUAUACGAAAUUUAGACUUGAUUAUUUAUCUCUUUAUCGACUGUGUGGAAGUGUGAGGGAACACAUACAAAACAAACAGGGAAACAAUACACAAACUCCAAAAACGAGAAAUAAAAAUAGUAAAUAAAAGAAUCUACAGAGAACCAUCAAACCCACUCUUCAUCAAGGAUUCAAGGAUUUGGUUGACCUCUAAACAGUUCAGAUCAUGUACACAGCGAAUCAGAAUCAGUUACCACAGGACAUCCAAGAGUUAUUUUAAAUAAGAGAAAACAAACAUAAUCAAAACAAAACAGAAACAUGAAUUUAUAACAACAGACAACGUGUCUUUCUUCUGAUAUAUUCUUUUUCUUCUGUGCUGAUUAAAUUAUAGUAACACAACAACAAAGAGGUCGGACUAGAUCAGUUUAACAACUUCAUCCUACACCAUUUUAAACAAAGUAUGAUUAUCUAUGUUCCUACAGAGCUGUCUCUUUAAUCGUUAUUCUGCCAAAGCACAUUGUAUAUUGUAUUAUUAUUUUUAAACCUGUUGGAAUAAACAAAUAAACUAAAUCAACUAAAUCAAAUUCAACUUUAUUUUUUUUUGCAUGUUAUGUUGAAACUGGACUCUAAUAAGUAGUACAUGAAUAAAUGUGAUUUUUUUUCAUCCGCCUACAAUAAUAAAUAUUAAAUUAUGACAGAGUAACAUUAACUGAAAGGUCGUUACUAUAAAUGACUGAAUUCGUGCACACUGCCAUGCAGAAAAUACAAACUCUAAAGUCAAAUAAAUACUGAACAUUUUAAGAGGCUUCAUUAUAAAUAAGAAAUCUGGUUAAAACUGUUUUGUUGGUUAUAAUAAAAAGCAAAUAUUGUAACAUGAAGCAGCUACAUGGAGGAGUAAAUAAUCUGUUCUUGUCUCCAACACUGAGUCACAUCAACACGUCUUCUAACAUGUUGCACUGAAAUGUGUGUUUUCGACGCAUCAUUGUCUUCACAAACUCUUUGUUUCUGCGUUCGCAGUGACUCACUUUCUUUUGUUUUCUCCUUUUAUUCACAGGAUCCUCUACCCCGGAGGAGCUGCCAGCCUCACUUCAUCCGGUUACGCAAGAGCUGCCAAGAUCUUUUAUGAUCUGGCCAUCGAGGUAGAAUCUGAAAAUACUCGUCAAUAACCCGCUAACUGGUGUGUUGUUGUGGGCUUGUGUUGCUGAGUUUGUGUUGUUUGUGUUUCAGGCUAACGACAGAGGGGACUUCUUUCCUGUGUGGGGGACCUGUCUUGGAUUUGAGCAGCUGACUGUUUUGACGUGUGGAGAGAAAGUUCUGGUAAACACUAACACGAGUGGGGUAGCUCUGCAUCUGGAGUUCACUAAUGGUACGGCUUUGUCCUGAUCAAUAUCCUACUGAUUAGUGAUCAAUGAGAGAGUCUGACCUGAAACAGCAGAGACACAGAAAACAAAUACUUCCAUACCUGAAAUACCUGUAUUUGCAGUAUCUAAUAUCAUAAAAACAUGUAUUUGUACUUAUAUCAGGGUAUUUUAUGGUAUCACAGAGUACUUUAUAUUCUUAUCAUAAAUAAACCAGGAUUAAUGAUGACUAUCUUUUAAAAAUAAAGAUAUUGUGCUAAAGUACACACGCUUGGGAGGACAGAGCCUUCUCCGCUGCCGCCCCCACCCUCUGGAAUUCACUCCCCAAACCCAUCCGAGACUAAACAGACCCCCACACCUUUAAAUCCCUCCUAAAAACACACCUUUUUAAAUUGGCUUUUAACCUGUGAAUCUGUUCUUUUAUUGUCUUUUUAACCUUUUACAUCAAUGAUUUUAUUUCUGUAUUUUAAAUUGUUUUUUUUUUUUUCAUUUUAUUUUCUUCUUUUUCUUCGUAAGGCAUCUUUUAGCACCUGUAAAAGUGCGUUUUAAAUAACAUUUAUUAUUAUUACAUAAGAUAAUACUCUAAGUUCGAAGUCAUGCCUUUUAGUGACUGGUCGAUGAAGAAGAAGCAGCGUACUGCAAGCGAGCUAGCUGUAGCAGCGUUUAGAGAGACGAUUUAACACUUUUACAAACUGACAUUCGAAGAUUUAUUGUGAAUCCAUAAACAGUAAUAAAGCUGGCACCUCUUCUUUUUACUUAUCAAUUCAUAAUUUGAGCUUUCGUCAUUGUUUUGUUUUAGUUCCAUAACUUACGUUUAUCAGAAGUAGUAAACUUCAAAAUAAAAGCAUAGUUUCACCAAGCAGGAAAUAAUGCAACCAAAACAUCUGAGAGAAACAGCUGUAAUUUAACCGUUUGUGAAGCAUGCACAAGUUUGCAUGCUGCACACGCUCAGCUCUGACAGCUUCCAGGAUUACUAAAUAAAAAAGCGUUUCUGUGAUUUAAGUUUCUCCGUUUCUUUGACUUUUUUGCAGAAACCGCAAACAGCAGGUUGUUCAGAGGCUUCCCGCCUGAACUGAUGAAAGAGUUGGCCUCUGAGCCGCUGACGGAAAACUCUCACAAGUGGAGCUUAUCCAUGUCGGUAUGUUGUUUCUACAAUCAUAAAAAUAAUGUUUUUUAAGGUGAUGUAAAUUAACAGAACUUAUAUAAGUGAAACGGUAAAAUGACUUCAUGAAAAUAACCUGUUUCUCUCAGACGUACAACUCGAAUGAUGAGCUGAAGAAUUUCUACAAAGUCCUCUCGACAAAUACAGACGGAAAAAUCAAGUUUGUGUCGACGUUUGAAGGUAGCUGCAGAGCCUUUUAGAAGUUUGUGUGUAAAUACUGAGCAGAAUAGUGUGAAUGAGUUCGGUCUUUCCUCCUCUCUCUCUUUUGGCAGCUCAUGAUUACCCGUUUUAUGGGACACAGUGGCAUCCGGAGAAAAACGCCUUUGAAUGGACAAAGCCGUACAUUCCUCACUCGCCAUCAGCGAUAAAAACCACCUUCUACACGGCUGAAUUCUUCGUCAAUGAAGGUACAGACUCAGGAUUUCUUUUGCUUUCUAACAGUUAGCAGCUGCAUGUUACAUGUGUGUGAAUCUGUCACUGCUUUGCCUCCAUACAGCCAGGAAAAACCUCCACAGAUUCGACUCGGAGGAGGAGGAGAAAGGAGCGCUGAUUUACAACCACAGCCCUGUUUACACUGGAGGCCGGGGCAGCUUUGAGCAGAUCUAUUAUUUCUGAUUUCAUCGGACGUCUGUUUGCUUUUGCUUCUCAGCCUCUGAUUGGCUGACUCGACCCCGUGAGUCGUGAAUGUUUGCACAUGAUUUGGUUUGUUUGAUUUUGCGCCGGCUGUCACGCUGCUUGUUGAAUGUGUCAUAAAAGAGGCAGCAGACUGUAAGCAGGAGAGAGUUAUACAUGCAACACUAACCAUUUUAUAACUGCUGCUUUUGGAUGAUAAAAUGAAGUUUUUUUAGCUUAUGAUUAAUUUAGAUUUACAGUUUAUAAAAUGACUUUUUGAAAUGUGAAAGGGAUCGAUUGUGACUAACUAAAAAGGAGGUAAAAACACAAUACUUGACAGCUUUUUUUUAACUUUAAGGAAGUGUGCUUCAGCUGCAAAAAGGGUUAAAAAGAAGACAAAACUGUAAUAUCAGCAUAUGCUACAGAUGGGGGCUCAAAGCAGGGGCGUUACCAUAAAUCCUGUAAUAUAAGGCUAUGUUCACACUGCAGGUCAAUUCAGAUUUUUUAACCAUAUGUGACACAUAUCUGAUUUUUAAUGUGACCUAUACGUCAUCAAUAUGCGACAAACGUCACCACUGUUCGACAACACGAACAGGUGCGGGAAGCAAUUUGUGCUUUGUGCGCAUGCGGGUCACUUCAUGGACGCAUUCCGUUCACAUUAGAUGCCACAUUUGUUGUUGUAAUGUGAACGGCCACACAAAAAGAUCAGAUUGAACAAAAAAAUCCGAAUUGUGCAUCAUAACCUGCAGUGUGAACGUAGCCUAAAGGUCCUUACACACCGGGGCCGACGCUAAUGUAGAACGCGAAAUAUUCUGAGGCGAAUUUUGAAGGUGAGAUAGAAAAAUAGUUAUACUAGCGUUGCUUUUCGAGUGCCAUCUUCUGGGUAAAAGUGGUACUGCAAAAAAAAAAAACUACCUCUGCAGUUUAUGUUGGUAUUUUGGUCUCAAUAGACGUAAGGCUAACUCAGCUAACUCCAGCUAACAGGUGUAAAAGUCAGCUAGCUUCACUGAGGAGUCAAAGUAUAAAAAAGAAACCCAAAUACACAAAGUUAUGAUCCUCGCUUGACUUAAAAAUAGAAAAAAAAAAGAUUGCUAGCUGUGAGAAAGUGGCGUAUAGUGACCAGAAAGUGAAAAUUCUCUCAGGGUUUAUUGGAGACCAAAAUAUGUAAAUUAAUGUAAACGUUUACAUCCAAAAACAUGACUCGACAUAAACGCUAAUGUGGCGUUAGAUGAAAAUAUACGACAGGUGCGAGACAAAGCAACAAAAAAAGAAGUGCAGAAGAAGACUGAAGGCUGAUAAAAUAUGUAUUAUUUUAUUCUAACAUUUACCUUCAUGCCACAAUCUGACAUCAAUCUCCUUCUAUGCUUUGGAUAACAAAGUGGAGCGUCUUGGAAAAAGUCCUCGAUAACCGGCAAGAAAGUUCAUCUGAAUUCAAGGACAGCAACAGAAAAUCAACAGUCAGAUGUAACUUCCAAAAUGCUUUAUGCACAAAUAACACUCAGGUAAUAUUGUUCCUGUCUCUUUUUUUCUUCAGAAUAAAAUGAUAUUUGAGUAACAUUUACACAUCAAGCUGACGAGACUGGGAUCUCAAUCACAAUACUACUGGAAAUGUAACUAAUGCAAUCCAGUAAGAAACAUUCAAGAUGUCAAAAGUGGAACUGAGCUACCGUCAGGAGGGGAGGGGGAGGGAGGAGUGCUGCAAAUAACCUUUAACAUGCACUGAAAUGCAACACAAACAUGGUGGAAAAUUAAACAAGUGCCUUUAAAAUGAAUCAGUCUGUUUGAACGACUCUCAAACUCAUUAAUACCUCAUUUCCCAAAGUUCGUGUGCACACGGUCGUGAAUUUUCCUCACCGACCUUUUUGACAAGCUAUGAUACAUGCAAACUCUGUACAUCAUAGAAAGAAAGGAGUCCAGAUUAUUCUGUGAAAUAUCAAACUCAUUACUUUUUUUUACGAUCAAAUAUUAGUCGCUAACAGAAUAUAUCGAUACCAGGUAAUUUAAGUUGUUUGUUGUUUAAGUUGUUGAAGUUGUAGCUGCUAUUUUGGGAAAUUUAUUUGCUUUCUUGGUGAGAGUGAGGAGACUUCUGACAGGCUGGGAAAUAAUCCAGACCACAUAUCUUUCCAUAGGUUGAAUUUUAAGGAGAUGACACAUUUUUCCUACUCUUAAAGGAACAACAAGAACAGUUUCACACUCAGAUUAAACUGUCCUGUUGCCUCCUUGCUGCUUGUUGCCGAUUGCUGUUGUCCGGGUGUUUGUCAUUAGUUGUCUGUUCCUUAAGGUCUGUCCUAUGUGAUGUGCAUUUUUGUCCUUUUAUGUAAUGUACAGUUGGUGAAGACAAAUUUCCCCACGGGGACCAAUAAAUCUAUCUAUCUAUUAAAGAGUCAACAAGAGAGCAAAUAAGUAUUUCCCCAAUUUGUCGAACUGCUCCUUUAAAACCAAACUGUUUUGUGGUUCAUAAGAACAGCAGAGUAUCAGAGCCACCUUCAAGGAACAACAUCUGAGAUUUUAAAGGUUGAUUUUUUUCUGAGAAAGCUUCACAUUGAGACACCGUCACCACUUUAGGCUCUGCUCAGCACAUCAUGGACCAAAAUUAUGGGUCUUAAAGUUCGGGACUUAAAACGUGAAACUGUAACAAAGUCAGAAAACUGAGACUAUAAUCCGACAGAUUAUAAUAUGACGUUUGUUUUCAUAAAUAUUCAACCUUGAAAUCGCGGGUGUUUUUCCUCAGUGUGGCUCUAACCCUCGUCUGUAAGGUCGUCCUGUCAGACAAAGUAAGGCACAGUGACUCAAACAAGUAACGCUUUGUUUUGUUUUGUUUUUUGGGGGGAUAAAACUGUCUAAAAUAAACCAAAAGAAAACCAUGACUUCUAUAUUUAUAUCUUCUUAACAGCUUGCCAGUCACUGAGCUCUUUCUUUGUAAAAAUAAAGCGAUGAGAUGAAACCAACACCGAGGCAAACAUGUACACUCAAAAUAAAAAUACAGUCUAUCUGUAAGAGCUGAAUGUUCAUGUGCUAUUUUACAUACUUUAAGAACAAGAGACACAACCACAGUCCAACAUGAAAGUUCGUCACCACUUGAAAAAUAGUUACAUUUCCUGCAUUUGCACGCCUCAGACUUCGCUGCCGACCAGCGCCGUUUUCACCAGGAGUCUGAUUUGGAUUCAUAUUUACAAGCCCACGAGUCAUGUGCUAUAAGGUUUGUCCCCUCACAGCCGCCAAGUCUGUGUGAGAGCUGAUGCUACCUCCACUGCUUUUUAAGGAGCUGGUCCGUCCUUGUGUGGAGGAAACCGCCAUGUUUUUACAAUCAGUAUAUUCCAAAACACGUUUGCUCUUCGGCCUUCUGCAGGGCCUGUAAGUCUGAACUCAGGGCAGAGGGUUGGAGGAUGGAUGUAGAAGUAGAUCGUUGUCUGCGAGAAAGGCAGUCUCAGGUUCAGCAUGCGGACACAAAGAGUCCAAAUGCAAACCAAAUCAAACUGAGCAACAACGGGUGGGAGUCGCGUUUCGUGGACGACUGUAUGCCGGGGUUGUGCUUGAGCACGGAGACGGGAUGGAGGUAAAAGUAAUCGAACAGAUGAGUAGGAGGGAUUUCAGGGCGCAGGAGCCUGAGGAGGCCAAGCUAACCCUCGUCCUCGUUCUCCUCCUCCAGCGCCUCCUCGAACACGAUCUCUGGUAGCCUGAAGCACUCCUCGAAGAAGUUCACCAGGGACUGGCUGAGGUGCUGCCGUGUUGCUUCACUGUGGAUGAAGUGUCCUUCGUCUGGGUAGAUCUGAGUUACAGAAGGGAGAGAUUCAUGUAUUUUACAAACUGAAAUCUGUUUAUGAAAUUUUUAAAAACCCCUAAUUUCCACGGCUACGAAAAGGUUAUAUCCACUGAUCGUCGCUAAUUGUAACCAUUCAUGUUAACGUGUCAAUUUCCAAAAGCUUAUUUCCGUUCCGCCACGGAUCGCUGAGUUCUAUUUUUUUCUGAACAUUGGAGCAUACUGGAUAAAUUCAGCACAGAUUAACCCGUGCUGAAAAGGAAGUCGGGCACAGACUCAAAAUAAAACAUCCGGCUUCUUUUCAAAAUAAAUCACUCCGUGUUUCAGGAGGAUCGUAUUUCACACCAUACAAACGGGCGGAGACGAACAAGUGAAAGGUUUUUAGACGUCAUUUCACCCCGAUGACACCAUGGAUGAGGAGAUGCUGAUUCUAGAAGUCUAGAAGUAGAUUUCCUCCUCUGGAAGGACACAAUCUACUGCUUAUAUGUCUAUGUGUCUGUCUUUGUAGGGACAACUUGUUACUGCGUGGUUGCACGUGAAUCUGCAGGUUCUUGUGAUUCCCGCUGUCUAUCUCCGCCAUGAAAUUCGCCUCACAAACAGAUCCGGUAGGAAUUAGCGGACAGCGAAAAUCAUCGCCGUUCCAGAUGCGGUGGAAAUUUCAGGGUAACUGAUCAACAACAGGUUUGGACAGUUUAUCCCUUUUUUUUUGACAACUGUGAAAAAAAGACUUCCUGACUUUUGUGACACCUGAGUUGUAAGUGUUGUGUUUACAGGGUUACCUAUAAGUCUAUCAGAGCUGCACAUGCUCAGUAACCUGUCAGUCAGUCAGUCAGUAAUAAGCUCCGAUGAACGCUCGCUGAAUUACACUGUAUCUUAAUUGGAUUAGUCCUGGUGUUAUUGCAGGAUGCCCAAGAAGGUCUCAUAAUCUCAUUAUGUGGAAUGAAAGCAUUCUGAAUGAGAGCUAAUCCUCCGCCUGCUGAGGGUUCCUCCUGGGAGCACAAAGCUCCUGGAGGUUGGAGGAGAAAAACCGAACCAGGCGAGAAAGACGAGCUGAGAAACCGAAGCAGAAGGCGUCCUCAUUACAGAGACGGAGACGAGAAAGCACAUACCUGUAAGGUGUAGUUGGCUUUUUCACUGAUGAGCUGGGAGAUGAAUUUUGCCGUGUGCUGGAAGUGGACUUUUUCUGUGGGAACAUAACGAGAUAUAAGCGGUUUAAAUACAGAAACAGAUCCUUUUUUUUACUCAUGUUGAAUUAAGAAUAAUGAAUUUUUUCUUCAGGUUGUGAAAAUCCCACCGUCAGCUGUUGGGUGGAUAAUGAGAAACUUCUUAUCCAUGAACUGAGAUGCUCUGUGUGCUAAAUUUGCCAUCUGAGGAAAAGCAAGACAGAGCAUCAAAUCAGAUUAAACAAGAUUCUGCCAUUAUUUUCACGAGUGGGAUAUGAAACAGAACAAUUGGAGUUAAAUCCUACCGUGUACGCUCUGGGAUCAGGCUUCGGCAGACCCAGAUAUCUCUCUGAAAAAGCAGAGGCUACGGGGAAAAAAGAGAGGGUCUAAUUAGUCCGUCAGAAGUCAACUUCAGCAUCAUAUUAUUAACCAGAUUGAUUCUUCAUUUCUGUCCAGCUAUUGGAAAGAAAACUACAUGUCUCCGGGUUCCCUCCAUAUUCAAAUAUAUUCACACAUCUACAUAUUUCUCUGUCUCGAUGUGGCCUUCAUUUGCAAUUCCAAAUUUGCUCAGUCUUUUGGCUCGUCUCUCACUUCCCCUCUGGCAAAGUGAGAGGAAUCAAAUAGAUGGGAAAGCAGUCACACCGAGACGCCCGGCUCCUCCUUAAUUUGCACUUUCCUGAAUUGGUGAAGCUACAAGAGCAGCGCCUCUCCCUCUCUGCCUCGGUCCCUUUUACCAACGCUGCUUUUUAUACAUGCUCGUCCUCUGGAAGGUAAAGUAAGGUUGUCCUGGUUAGAAAAGCCUGACACUGUUAUUAUCUGUCUAUUUCUGCAUCUGCAUGCAUAGGACGGCUGCAGAGGUAAAGCACUCUCCGUCUUUCUGCCAGAGCAUGAAUACUCACGCAGAGCGACUGGGUUUGUUUUGCAUGUUGAGAAAUCAGAUACAAAAACACAAAACUUGAAAACAAACUUACCGUAUAAUUCAAAGUCGGUGAUGGGAGAGAGGACAGCUCCACAUUUUACCGGAGAUUCCUCACCGCUGACCAACAAGCUGGUCACGUAGCCUCCAUACACCUGUGGAAAAUAGAAAUACACAGUCAAAUGAGUACUGUGGUUUUUCUGUGUUCGCGUUUAAUCAUAGUAAAAAUAUAUGAAAUCUGAGGAGUCCACUCUGAGUCUAGGGUUCAUAAAAAUGGCCGUUGUGAGAAAAACAUAAAUUUGGGCGCACUUUUCUUUUUUAGGUACUAGUAACCAAGGUGGACACGCCAACAACUUAAGGGCCUGUGUCCACUAACAGUAUAUUUUUGUUCUGGCAGCCGAUUUUCUAAAGAAAACACAAGUAUUGUGGUGUUUUAAGCAUUCAGUGUCCAAAAGCCCUAGCAGUGUUAUGCCCUAGUGUUAGUGUACACAGGCCCUAACAAUGCAAUGAAUGUAGGCCCCAACAGUAUUAAUCGACACAGGGUUUAACAGUGUUAGUGUACACAGGCCCUAUCAUGUAAUGAAUGUAGGCUCCAACAGUGUUAAUAGACACAGGGUUUAACAGUGUUAGUGUACACAGGCCCUAACAUGUAAUGAAUGUAGGCCCCAACAGUGUUAAUAGACACAGGGUUUAACAGUGUUAGUGUACACAGGCCCUAACAUGUAAUGAAUGUAGGCCCCAACAGUGGUAAUAGACACAGGCCUUUACAGCACUAAUUGAUACAAGCACCAACAGUGUAAGUGGACACAGGCCCUAAUAGUUGAACACAGAUGUUGACAAAGACAUGCAGGACUUUUCAAAGACUUUUUUUUACCUUUCCAAAUGCUCCAACUCUGGAUUUGUCGAUGUAAGGUUCUUUCAAAAGAAAACUGAAAAAGAUAAAAACUUUGUUAAAACAGGGAGAACUUUCAACCAAAACAUACAAGGCUAACAAAUUUAAACUUUUUGACAGGUGUGUUUAUGAUAAACUUUUGAUGGGACAGUUGAUUAAAGAAAAGAUAAAUCCAGUUCUGUCUUAUCUCAGGAGUUAUGAGAGAUAGAAAAUACUUUUUACUGUCGUGUAUGAAAACCACUGGAAUUAAAACGUAGAAGUUCAAUGAUACUGAUAUAUUUGUGUAGAUAUUUGCAGCAGGUUCUUUUGUCUCUAGAGCUGUAAAGAUGCUCGAACAAUAAAAAAGAUGUCAAUGUCAGUUUUUCUGGAGUCCCAUACCUGAGUGCAUCCUUCUGGUCCUGCUCCUCGUACACGCCCAGCUUCUUCUGGAUGCGGUGCAGCAGGUUUGUUCCCUGGAAGCCGCUCCCCCGCCCAUCACAGCGCACCACUAUGGCACCAUAGCUGCUCACCAGCACCGUGGCCCAGUCCAUGUGAAAGCGUUCUGACACCAUCUGGCCACCAGGUGUCCCAUCGCUGCACACAAACACAGAGGACACACAAUGAAAGCUGCUGUUAUGUAAAAAAAAAAAGUAGGACAGAAGUAUGAGCUUGUGUCUAUUUUUGGACGCUGAGCACAAAAACAUAAUCCCUUUAUUUGCCCAAAAAGUGUGUUUUAAAUAUUUUUAAAAGCACACAGCUAACAGAGGGUAUAUGUGAGCUGGCAGUGAGUUUCAUGUGCAGGAGAGAUGCUGCAGAGACGAGGCAGGAGGAUAAAAGAGAGCUGAAAGUGCUGCUGGCAUCUCUUGUCUAAAUACUGCUUUCAGGGAUUAAAACUGCAAAACCUUCAAUUUAAAAAAUCAACUUUAUUUCAACUCAGACUAAAGUGGAACAGUGUUCUUAUAUAAGAUGUCAUGGUCACUUUCUUAAACUACAAAAUAAACAUGAGGAAAAAUCUGGUUGUUAUGAUUCUGAAUUAUUAAAGCGGAGCAAAGAGGCCAAACUCUAAAAAAAGACAGAGAUGCUAAUGAAAGCACCAGGAGGAUAAGAGAGUGACGUUAUUAUCCAGCUGGAGCCGCGAAAAAGAGAGCAGCCUCUACGCCUCAUUAAAACUCUUCCCAGGAAGUCUCCAUUUAUGAGGACAGUUAUGUCCUCAUAAAACCCAGGACGGACACAAGGCUUUUAUUCUGUUGGUGUGUGUGUGAAAAACAGGCUGUGAUACAUACACAAGCAGGAGCAGCGGAUAGUGCGAGGUGUCCAUGAAUCCGGCAGGUUUGAGGAUCUGUAACGACAAGGCUGAAAGACAGAGACAAACACCUGAGGUCAACCUGUGAAAACACAAUAAAUACAAAAGUAGAGCUAUACAAACGUAGAGCUACAGAGGACUGUAGAUGUCAGGAUGAAAACAAGAACUACAUAAUUAUGUGUUAAAGCUGUGUUAAGUGUGCUCGGUGAAUUUGUCUCCAACACGUACUGUAGUCGUCCAUGAUGAGGUCUUUGUACUCCACUGUGGGCAUCUGCAUGGAGUCCAAAGUCUGUUUCAGGUUCUCAUUGCUCUCCAGUUUAUACACCUCUGAAAUACCUGCAGACACAACAGUGUUUAACUAUUAAUACUGCACAGUUUACACUAUUCAAUUAUUUAAUUACAAAGACUUGCUAAGUGAAACGGGGUUCAAUUUACUUCACAUGGUAAAAGUUUAAUUCUCAACCAUCACAACCUUUUUAACCUUUGAACUCCAACCACUUCUUUCUCCUCCUUUCUAUAAUCUCCUUCUGAGAAAAGUGGAAUUUAUUUCUUUAAAAGUCACUUUUACAAAACUAAUCCACUCCUGGAAUUUUAAAAAAUCUCAAAAUGUGGAAAAACUGUCGGUGAUUUGAUAUUUUCAUUUCAGUAUUAUCACAAGGAUGAUUGCUGACAGCUGAAAUUGCAUAUUAACCUCAGGAUCUCAGACUUAACUGACGCAGAAACUUCCAAAGCCGAUAAAGAGCUGCAGCUCCUCAAACGUCUGCUUGAUACUGGACCAGAAAGCCAAAGAAAACCCACCAGGUCCCUCUGUCUCAUUCAGUCUGAACCACAACAACUCUGAACCUCCGUUAAUUAAAAGUAGCAUCCUUAUUUCUUUACUUUUCCAAAGACCCUGUCACUCUUUGUUGGUUCAAACACACUUUCAGAAAAGUCAUCAUCAGAAACCGCAGACUCAGCAGUAGCAGCGGGCCGCCGGGUCAACACUGAUGCACUCAGUAAACAGUGUUAAACAGCUGAAUAAUGAAUGCUGACAAGAUUACACUGCAGCUUUUACAGAGUGCUUUAACAUAACAAGGACGGGGACGUCAUAUUGAUAAGGACGACAGUGGCUGUCACACCCGCAGAAACACACAGUGCAGUAAUUACAUUACAGUAUGCUGAUGCUGCUGUUGAGCAGUUCAUAAUUUAAUGAGGACAUCCAUCCAGAGGAGUAAUGUGAUUACUGACAUCAUGCAGGACAAAAAGAGACUCUGUACUCAGGUGGUCAUUCAGCAAAGGUGCUUUUCACUGGAGCUCAUAUUAGUAUCCACAAGGUCACACUUGUUUAACAUAAAUGCAAACGUUGGAUUAAAUACUCACUCUCUCUGUCCUGCGUCUCACUCUCUGCGUCCCUCUGA